AUGCCAACCUACCUAUGUCACGGGUUUCGGUGGACACGCAAGCUGAUUCGCAUCUUCGUUAUCCUUGAAGAUCUAGAGGACGCCGCGCCAGAUUGGAUAGUCGGUCGCGACAGCUCUGCAGUCAUCCUUGAACGCAUCAAAACCAAAUUUGAUUACCUGCCUCAACGUCUUCCCCACCAGCCAGCUGAAGAGCAGUCUGAAGCGCAAUCCAAGCAUCAACAGGAGCAGCCGCCGCCAGAGCAAACAGAGAAAAAGAUCCUGCAUCAGGACGAUGACUUGACUGUACCACCAUCUCGUGUCCCCGACUGCGAAGAUAGUGUCUUGGUCAACCGGACAUCUGCGGUGAAGCUGUUGGAGGAGUACGAUCCUGAAGAAACAGCCAUAUCAGCGCGGCCAUUUGCCUAUGUCGCAGACCAUGUUAUCCGUAUAGAUUUGAGCGCCAACCUCUUAGAGGAAACGGCUAAGUAUGACGCUCUAGUCAAGGAAAGGAAUGAAGGCAAUUGGUUCGAAAAGCUCCGCGACGAACUGCAAGCAGAUGCCUCCAUUGGAUGGUACGUGGUUGUCAAUGGAGAUGAGGAGCGUGGCGUACCUGAAUAUGAUGAUGAAGACGAUAUUGAGAGCGAUGUGACGGAGCAAGGAAAAGGAGCCGACGAAGGAGAAAGCGAACCACAACCUGAACAGCAAACAACUAGCUCUUCUCAGCAGCCAAACAAGGAUCAAUUACCAGUGCCCAGUAGAGUGACUAACCAGCCGCACUCUCUGCGGCAUAAGAUAUCUCGUGCAGGCUUACGGCGUCUUUUUAGUAAAAAGGAGGCCUCUGGAUGA